CUGCUAUACCAUACAUAAUGGACCUCAAAAACUUUAUCAGCGAUAAUGUUGUCAGAAUACUCGGAUCGUCCGACAGUGCCACCGUCGACUAUGUGCAAUCCCUAGCAAUAUCUUCAAAGACGCCAGGCGAUUUGUACAACUCGCUAUUAUCGACUGGAAUGGCGAGCACUCCCGAGACUCAAGCGUUCGCUGCCCAAGUCCACUCUCUCGUUCCCCGCAAAAACAAGACUAAAGCACCCAAAGCAGACAAGGCUGCGUCAGGCCAACGAUUCACGCUGUUAAUGGAUGAGGAUGCAGAAAGUAGCGGUAGCCGGAAAGAGAAGAAGAAGAAGAAGGAAAAGGAAAAGGAGAAGGAAGGGUCAAGAGAGAGAGAUGUGGUCGGCGUGAAAAAGGCAAGGCACUCGCGAAAGAGAGAUACGGAGGGCAACUGGGAUUCCGACGAGGAGGAUAAGGAAAUAAAGCGCCUGAGGACACGUUCACCGCUUCCCGAUGGAGACGACCAAGCUGAAUUACCCCUUGAGCCGGAAGAGACGGAAGAAGAGCGAUUAGAACGAGAACGAUUGGAAGAUCUGCGUCAGAGGGACGAAUUUGCGGAACGGAUGAAGGAAAAGGACCGUGAUCGUACGAAACGGAUUGUUGAGGAUCGGACCUCCAAAGCGCUAGGCGGCGUCGAUGCGUCAAGACGUGCAAAUCUCAUGGAUGACCCUGCAGCGAGGGAGGCUGCGAUCGCCGACCUGCGUAACCGCUCUCGACAAGAGUAUCUCUCAAAGCGAGAGUUGCAGCAACUCGAUUUACUCAAGAUGGAGGUGGAAGAUGAGAAAAUCUUGUUCAGAAACCAAAAACUGUCCAGAAAAGAGGAACGCGAGUUGGAGAGAAAGAAGGAACUUAUCAAACUCAUGGAAGAGCGGAAGAAGAUUGAUGAUGGAACCAAUGGCUACAUGCUUCCCGAUGAUUACAUUACAGAGCAAGGACGUCUGGAUCAAAAGAAAAAGAAGGAUGCCCUGUAUAAACGAUACGAAGAAUCCAAGCCCGUUGAAGGUCAAUUCGUCACAGAUGUCGAUCAGUGGGAGGCCGCUCAGCAAGAAAGGACGGACCUCACAACCGGCGCGUUGGACAAGGAGAUUCUGGUGGAGGACUAUGACUAUGUCUUUGACGAGUCGCAGGAAAUCAAGUUUUUGAAAGAGGGUAAGAUGGACGGAACCCUGACUGCAGAAGCACAAGCGUUACUGGACCAGGUGGAUAAGCUAGAGAAAAAUGCUCAAUCUAUCCAAGAAACCCGAAAUUCCCUUCCAAUCUACGAGUUCCGAGACGAACUUCUCGAAGCUAUCGCCGAACACCAAGUCCUCGUCGUAGUCGCUGAAACCGGAUCAGGCAAGACCACCCAGCUCCCUCAAUAUCUCUACGAGGCUGGUUAUUGUAAGAAUGGCAUGAAGGUUGGGUGUACUCAACCCCGUCGAGUAGCCGCUAUGAGUGUCGCAGCGCGUGUGGCUGAGGAGAUGGGUGUGAGAUUAGGGCAAGAAGUCGGCUAUUCUAUCCGAUUCGAGGAUAUGACAAGCGACAAGACGGCUCUCAAGUACAUGACAGAUGGUAUGCUGCUCCGAGAGUUCUUAACAGACCCCGAGCUGUCAACGUACUCGGCGUUGGUCAUCGAUGAGGCGCACGAAAGAACAUUGAGUACAGAUAUCUUAUUCGGCCUAGUCAAGGAUAUCGCUCGAUUUCGUCCCGACUUGAGAUUACUCAUCUCCAGUGCUACCCUCAACGCUCAAAAAUUUGCCGACUUUUUCGAUCAAGCUCCUAUUUUUGACGUGCCCGGGCGUCGUUUCCCCGUUGAUAUGUUUUACACGCAGCAACCGGAAGCGAACUAUAUGCACGCCGCUGUCACCACUAUCCUACAGAUCCAUACAACCCAGCCCAAAGGUGAUAUUCUUUUAUUCCUCACAGGUCAAGACGAAAUUGAGGCAGCGGAGGAAAGUUUAAAGGAGACAAUGUACGCUUUGGGGGACAAGGUGCCAGAGUUGAUCAUCGCGCCCAUCUAUGCAAACUUGCCCAGCGAAAUGCAAAGCAAGAUCUUUGAACCGACCCCUGAAGGUGCCCGAAAAGUUGUGUUGGCCACAAACAUUGCUGAAACAUCGAUUACCAUCGAUGGUGUGGUAUAUGUCAUUGAUCCAGGGUUCGUCAAGCAAAACAACUACAACCCAAAGACCGGCAUGUCUUCUCUUGUCGUCGAGCCCAUCUCGCGCGCGUCUGCACAACAGCGUGCCGGCCGUGCCGGCAGAGUCGGUCCAGGGAAAGCUUUCCGUCUGUACACAAAGUGGGCGUUCAAGAAUGAGCUUUUACAGGAUACCAUUCCAGAAAUCCAACGUACCAACCUCUCCAUGGUCGUUCUUAUGCUCAAAUCCCUUGGCAUUAACGAUGUUCUCAACUUUGACUUUUUGGAUAAGCCGCCAGCAGAUACCAUCAUCAGGUCUUUUGAACUGUUGUACGCAUUGGGAGCGUUGAAUCACAAGGGAGAAUUGACUAGACUGGGAAGAAGGAUGGCAGAAUUCCCAGUGGACCCCAUGUUGUCAAAGGCGAUCAUCAACAGUGAGAAUUACAAGUGUACACAUGAAGUUCUCACGAUCAUUUCAAUGCUCCAAGAAUCCGGCUCACUGCUUUAUCGUCCCAAAGAUAAGCGUGUGCAUGCUGAUAAAGCUCAUAAAAACUUUAUCAAGUCGGGCGGCGAUCAUUUUACACUCCUCAACAUCUUUGAGCAGUGGGCAGAAAGCAAUUAUUCUCAGCAGUUUUGCUACGAGAACUUUGUCCAGUUCAAGAGUCUUUGCAGAGUGAGAGAUAUUAGAGAUCAGCUGGCGCAACUUUGUGAUAGAGUGGAGGUGGUCAUUGAGAGUACGCCGAAUGAUGUUGUGCCCGUUCAAAAGGCCAUUACAGCCGGCUACUUUUACAAUACGGCACGUAUCGAUAGAGGCGGUGGUUAUCGAACAACCAAGAAUAACCAUUCGGUCUACCUGCAUCCUUCAUCUUGCCUCAUUGGCAUGCAGCCGCCACCGAGGUUUAUUUUGUAUUACGAAUUGGUUCUCACAUCCAAAGAGUAUAUGAGACAGUGUAUGCCGAUAGAAGGUAGCUGGUUGUCUGAACUCGCUCCUCAUUACUUCAACAAGUCGGAGAUCGAUCAGCUUAUGGGAAGCGCAAGUAAGGUGAAAAUGCCAAAGCGGAUAGAACCACCGAAAGUUGGACCAGUGAAUUCAUGAUUCGCUUUGAAUCGUCAUGAUCACUUGUGAGCUAGACAGCAUGGAGCUCGAUGCACAUGGUUGUCGCUUCUUGAAGAGUAGUGGCGUACUUUUCAUCUUACACAGUGCAAAAGAAGAGAAGCAUAACCGACUGAGGUACCAAUAAUCUGUUUUUAAGGAUUCAAUUGUAUUCAUACUUCUUGGCGCUACAAUACAACUCCACCCCAGACGUCUAAAAGCAUCGUUCCAUGGUUGAUACGUUCUUCUGUACCGGCCAAUGUUUACUGCUUGUCUUUAAUAGGCACAUCCUUGCCGGUUGCCUUCUUAAAGACACUGCGAGUAUAUAUUGUCAGCACUUGUGCCACGACGGUUGUAGUAGUAUACGGACUCACUUUCGAAUACCGUCAGAGAUCUUCUCAGUUGUAGAAUGAGACUGGCCGUGGCCGGCCUUAUUGAGAGCGGUGUCGACGCCCUUGUCUAUCGCAACAGACCUGAUUAGCUUAAUGGUAAUUUGGACGGGAAGAGAUGGGAUGCUGCUUACCAAGAUAGUCUUGCUGACCGGUACUUCCGGCAAUUCCAGUUCCGCCAGGUUGUCCUUGAGUUUGCUCGGCCAUCUUGAACUAAAAUGCGAUAUACGGUUUGUUCUAGGUGAUUGACAGGAAAUAAAUUGUGAGAGAAAGGUUGUUGAAACCAAUUCAUGGGGAGUUUGGGUAUUUUUAUACUCUGUCCAGGUCCUUUCCCGGGCUUGUGGAUGAUGCUAGUACGACUUGUCGGGCAUCGCUGGUGAACGAGCUGCUGCCUUGAGAAGGGCGGAUGGCGAACAUGGAAGUGAUGUGAACCCGCCCGUUUAGUGCCUGAUAGCACCGGACCUUUACGGUAAAGUGACGUCAUAAACAC